AUGGCCGCCACUUUUUUCUGGACGGUGACGGUAUUGAUAUCGGUUUUUUUAAACAAGUGCGAUUUUCAAUCGGUAGCCGUACAUAGUAAAAAUGGAGACACGCCACCGCAUAAAAUGGUUGAAAUUAUCGAGUUGAUGCUGUCGCAAAGGCCAGAUGAUGGUAAUAAAAAUAAUUUUGGAAUUCAAAAAGUACCGCAAGACAGUGCGCCCAAUUAUGAAAUCCUCAUAACGCCAAAUAAAAAUCUUCCCGAAUUAAAAGGAUCGCAAAAAAUAAAAAUUUACGUCGAAGCCGCUAAUUUCGAUCCAGAUGAGAAAACGUCAAAAAGUUUAAAUGAUGAUGAUGAUGAUGAUGAUGAAGCGGAAGGGGAAAGGGAAGAAGAAGAAGAAGAAGAAGAAGAAAAGGUAGAAAAACAAAAUAUAUUUGAUGUUUUACCAUUAAGUAUAGAGUCUGAAGGAGGAAAAGUUGACUUUCAGCAACCGAGCAUUCCGAUAAUUAAACACAUCAAUCAAAAUACUAAUCACGAAUAUCAGUCAAAAGAAACGGGGUCUUAUCCUAGUAAGAGACAAACAAAUUGGUCAUCGCCAAAAAUUAUAACCCCCGUUCACUCUGAACCCAUAUUUCUUAAUCACGGUCCGGAAAUAAAAAAAGUCAUUAUUCAAAGAGAACCGAGUUACGUCGAUCAAAAUAAUCCUCAUCAUCCCGUUAGCCCGACUAAACAUUCAGGAAGUGAUUACGGAGUUCAAAAUGCCAAUCAAGACCAUCAUCGUUUGAAAAUAUCACCCGGUUACAUUGAGGAUUAUGCGGAUACGGUUGUCGAUCAAAGAGUCAGACCGAAAAUACCCCUUGAGAACGACUAUCAGAGAAAUUAUGAAGAUGCCAUAGCCGAAGACUUGUUGUAUGCGGCUUCGAACGAGAGGAGUCGUGAGCGAGACGCUGGUUAUCCACUCGAAAGCGAAAGAAGACACAUCAGAGAGCAGGAUAAAAGGCAAAUAAAUGAAAAAAGGCCUUUGUACGAUAGGGAAAGCGAUGAAUUUAAACCUUCUUCGGGAAGUAGACUAUCGACGAAUUACAAAAGGGAAUAUGAUGAACCGUCAUCCGAUUACGAUUAUCAAAAAGUUAAAUCGACCAACGAAAGAAUUCCGCAGCAGCAGCAGCACAGUAGAAAUUCCGAAUAUGAAAAAACGAGGCCGAGUGAUGUGUCGUACACCAUGCGAAAAACGGAUGAAAGAAAUAAUUAUAAUAAAGGUGGUACAAAUGAAUAUUAUGGUGAAUCAAUGACCGACAACGGGAGCAGACCCAUUAAAGAAAACAGUUCGAGCUAUUCAGGAUUCCCCGAAAGCCACCAACCUGAUAUUAACAAUCAUUAUUCAAGGCCUUUACAAUACGAACCCGCAAGAGUUUUUCCCGCGAGUCCGUGCCUGAAAGUUUUCAAAUACGAAGGAAGAGAACCUGAAGAAGACCGUUGGUUUGCCGAUAUAUACGUGACCGUGGAUGAAGUUUUAAACGGGAUGAGACUUGACAUUACUUUAGAUAGACCCGCAGAGCUUUUAACGAACUGGAUAGCUGAUGUGAAAACGAAAGACAAUAUACAUUUUACUCUUUUAUCCCUGAAUCAUAAAUUAGUUCCUGGACCCGCUGAAAAUGUCAGAAUAAUGGUUAAAUUUAACGGUAAAAAACCUGUUCCUUAUUUGAAAUCGAUUAAUCUAAAUGGUAGAUUGAUUUGUCCAUCGAAUCGUGCACAAAAAACAACCACAAAAAGACCUAUGUAUGAAAAUCCAGGAGAUCUUCAUUUGAAAAGAACAACCGAAUACUACACGGAAAAACCGAAAAAACCCAUCAUGAAUUACGAAUAUGAAAGUAGUACGAAAAAAACGACGACGCGUUUAGAAAGUACCGUGAAACCUCCUCCAUUUCUCAAACCGAAUCCAAACGGUUACGAAGAAACAGAUUUAAAUUCGUUUGGCGGCGGAGGUAAAAAACCACCUGGUAGACCUCCUCAUUCCAAUGGCAAACCUCCACCACACGCAGCUAAACCUGCUCAAGGCUCGGUAAAUAAUCAUGGACACGGACAAGGACACGGUAAUGGUAAUGGUAAUGGUCACGGUCAAGGGCACGGAAAUGGUAACAAAGGAAACGGAAAUAAAAAUCAUGGAUCGUCUUCUUCUUCUUCCGGUGGAAAUAAACCUAAUAUUCAUCCUUAUCCGAAUCCUAAUCCUUAUCCGUCACCUAAUCCAAAUCCAUAUCCGAAUCCGAAUCCUCCUAAUCCACAAACGAAUGAUUAUCAAAGAUAUCAAGAAUGUGGUACUCCUUCGAUUCAACCGAGUCCUUUAAUCACUCACGGACAAUUAACUUCCAGAGGACAGUGGCCAUGGCACGUAGCUUUGUAUAAAAAUGUCGGUACCGAUUUGACGUUUUUCUGCGGUGGAUCAUUGAUUAACAACAAAUACGUUCUCACGGCGGCUCAUUGCGUCACGAAAACAUACACGACUCAACCAUUGGAUGAAAACACCCUCGUUGUUUAUUUAGGAAAAUAUCAUUUGAAAUUAUGGAGCGAAGGAGGAGUUCAAAAUCGACAGGUUUUUAAAAUAACCGUACAUCCAAAAUACAACAGCACGGAUUUUAGAUCAGAUAUAGCAGUUUUAGAACUUACGACUCCGGUUGAAUAUUCAGAUUAUGUGAGACCCAUUUGCAUGUGGGAUAGAACAAAUACGAGAAUAGAAGAAGUAGAAGGAAAAUUAGGCACCGUUGUCGGUUGGGGAUUCGACGAACAUAAAAUGUUAACCGAAGAACUGAGACAAGCUAAAAUGCCAGUCGUAGAACAGAAAACAUGCUUGUGGAGUUAUCCAGAUUUUUAUCCACAAUUUACAUCCAAUAUGACUUAUUGUGCCGGAUUUAAAAAUGGUACUAGCGUAUGCAAUGGAGAUAGCGGUGGCGGUAUGGUAUUCCCAUACAAAGAUAGAACCGGAAUUGAAAGGUGGCACCUGAGAGGUAUUGUCAGUAUUUCACCAGCAAGAAACGAUAGCAGAGUUUGCGAUACGAGUCAUUACGUAGUUUUUACCGAUGUUGCCAAAUAUCUACCGUGGUUGGAUAAUUUUAUUUAA